UGUAGCAUCCCUAUUACACAUUAGAAUAUUAGUGAUAUUAAUAAUGAAUGUAUUUCUUCCAUCUUGUCCUCUUCUCUGCUGGAGGAGAACUUUUGUGUAAUAUGUGCUAUUGACCACAAGAUGUCGCCAUUGUGUAAGAAACAUUAGGCCACUUCCAAUCGCUUUUGGGAAGAUAUUAAGAAGGUUGGAAAUGUGCUUUUUCAGUUAAACAUUUAAUAAGCCUGCCUAAACUACGGUGUAGUAUGGGAUAAUACAAUCAGGGCAUAAUCAUCGUUAACACUACUAGCUAGUUGCUACAUCUGCAUAUACAACGGCUAAUAAAGUGGAAGGGGAAUGAAGGGAUGCUGAAGGAGGCUGUUGUUGCCACCACCACCGGCGUAGCUCACGUAAAAGACAACCGAUAGCAGUGUCUGCUAACAACCCUCUGACAGUCUCGUUCAGAAGCAUAUCUUCACAGGACACUAAACACGCAGGAUGUAAACGAAGAGACAGCCAUAUGUGCACCUCAAGAAGAGAAGAUGGCACUGGUUGUGGUUGGUGCUCUCCUGUGCCUGUCCUGUUGGGUCUCUCUCUACUUUAUCUUGUGUAACAUUAACGCGUCAAGGAGCUACGAGUGGAACUGUCGCCUUGUCACCCUGGUACACGGCAUCCUGGCAGUCUGCAUCACAUCAUACAUAGGCUAUGUGGAUGGACCCUGGCCUUUCACUUAUCCAGGUACUAUAAACACUCCUCUGCAGAUAAGUGCCAUGGUUGUGAGCCUAGGCUACUUUAUUUUUGAUAUGGCCUGGUGUGUGUACUACCGCACAGAGGGACCCAUUAUGCUGGCCCACCACACCAUGAGCAUCCUGGGAAUCCUGUUGACCCUUUGGUUGGGGGAGUCUGGCAUCGAGUCCUGCGCGGUACUCUUUGGCAGUGAAAUCACCAACCCCCUCCUGCAGGCACGCUGGUUCCUCAAACAGACAGGACAUUACGGGACACUGCUGGGGGACGUUGUGGACGUCCUGUUUGUGCUGCUGUUUGUGACGAUGCGAAUCUUUGUGGGAGGCACAAUGCUAUACUGUGAGCUGAUCUCCCCGAGACCCAGAUUCUUUAUCAAGUGUGGGGGAGUGGCUAUGUACGCUCUAUCCUGGGUGUUUAUGGUGGACAUUGUUCAAUUUGCCAUUCGGAAGAGCAAGAGCUGGAACAAACAGAAGAGAGUCCAACAAAAGACAGUGGCAGCUAAUGGUCAUGAAGGGAAGAAGGACUGAUCGGCUUGUGAUUCUUUAAAGGAAAUCUGUGUCUUUGUUUUUCACUUUGGACGGGCAAGGAACAGUACAAAGAAAAUCAACUCUUUGUAUGUUAAACUGAGUCAAGAAAAAUCCUGUGAGAUCUGUCUGUAAGGUCUAACACCUGCACAUUUUUGAAAUAAACAUUUUUUUUUAUGCAGCUAUUGCAGCUGAACACAUGUUUAAUUAUUGUGUAAAAUGUGCAGUUAACAAACAACAACACAAUAUGUAGUUUAUGUCUGAAAACCAAAGCACUUUCUAUAAACACAUGAACAGAUUUUGCAGUGAACUUUGGCCUACUCAUAUGUGAUGGUGUUGCUCCAAAGGAAAGCUCAAUGUUAGGAAAGAGACAGUUUACAUGUAAUGCAUGUCCUCCUUGUGAAACAUUUUUUUGUCAUUUCAAAAAGUUAGGAUUGGUUUCCUUGUAAUCCUGUGGGUGUUGUGGUGCAUGGGAAACUUUGCACAGAUGUGAAAAGUGCACUCAGGGUGAUGAAGUCAUACCAGAAAGUCGGGAUGGACUCCAGAGAAAUGUGUGUGUGAUGUGUUUGAUUACUUUGUUUAAUCUACUUUAUAGCAAUAUAUAUUGUAAUUCCUAUAAGCGUUUGAAAUCCUAUUCCUAAAAAAAUGUAAUUCAUUUUAUUUGCUUUGUGUAAAGGGAUACAUGAAGAGAAAACCUCUCAAUUACAUAGUUCUACAGUGGCAAUGCUAUUAUUUUGCAGUCCAUUUGUAUAUAUGUUAACUCUAAAAAGCUUAAAAUGUUGGGUUAUAUUGUGUCAGAUUCAGAAUUUGUACCUUAUAGUAUAUUCAAUUAUUUGAAGUUUCUGAUUUCAAAAGAGCCAUACUCGUACUGAUAGCUUAGUUUAAUUUAAUAGUCAUGGUUCAGUCUCACAGAGAUCUUGUCAGACAAGACAAUUAAAUACAAUGUAUUGUGAGCUAUCUGUACAGUGUGCUGAUCUUGUAUCUGACUUCUUCUUCAGUUAUUAUGUUUCUAUGUUUUUGAUCCAGCACCUUUAAAUGUUUUUGAGAUGUACAAGCUCUACACUCUGUUUGUCCUAAUAGAUAGAUGGAUGGAUGUAUAGAUAGAUAGAUCUAAUCAUCUUUAAAACAAACAUUCACUACUUUCAGGAAAGGAUGAAAACCUGUGAAAUCAUGCAUGCAUUUUUUGUUUCUAGCCCCUAACAUGUUAGAUUUUUACAUUUAGUCUUAACACAAGGCAGUGACACAACUAGGGCUGGGAAAUAGGUAUCAUUUAUCGACUGUCAGUAAAAUCAUAUUGAGAUGAUAUAAUGAUAUUGGGUUAUUGUUUUGCAAAAUUGUGUUCCAUUCAUUCCAAACAUACUAACAUACAAAAAUGAUAAAAAAAAUUUGGAUUUAUGUGUGAAGAGUUUUGUUUGAGUUUUAGUAUUUUAUGUGUGAUUUUGCCAACAUUUGCCAUAAUGUGAUAUUCAUUUUCAGAAAAAAUAUUCAUCUCAAUAUUGUGAUAUUGAUUCCAACCUUAUUGCCUGGACAGAACACACAUGUGCAUUAUGGUAUAAAGGCAGGUGGAUUGUUAUGUGUAGAAAAUAUUAUGAUUGAGCCCGCUUUGCGACUGAAUUUGUUCCAUGCCAACAAAGUUUUUAUUGUGCUCAGACUUUAUAUUGGUGUUCUUAAUAUUAUGACAAUUUUUUGUUUGUUACUUUAGUGCACAUGGAUAUAUGCAGUAAUGUGCUAAAACGUCUGCCAUCCCUUUGUUUUCCUAUUUAAAUUUGAUUGAGAUUUGAUGUGUUGCUGUUUAUCUGGGUGCCACUGUUAAGAACUAUGUGAGCAUCACCACCAUUAUAUCCAAGAAAGUAAAAAUCUAACUGGUGUGUGCCUUAGUUAUCUGAAUGUACUUUCCUAAUUUUUUUGUUUGUCUUGUGCUGUACUGUAAACAUAAGUAUAGGAGUAAUGAAGAACUAUUUCUGUUUGGGGUUUCAUGAUUUGCCUUUGUAAUCCCUGUGUGAAGUCAAAUAAAGAUGUGAUAGAUUGUC